AUGUUAGCGAACUCCGAGCAGCUGAAGCAAAGGCUCCGAGAAAGAGCCAAUAUGAGAAGCGGUGGAUACGGCGGGCAGGGUGGACGCGGCGGAUACGGUGGAAAUAAUCGAUCGGGUGUGUCUUCUACUCGUGGUGGCAGAGGGCAAUCCACCUCCAGACGUGAUCGUUAUCGUUCCGCGCCGCGAAACGACGCCGGGGGCGAAAUAAGCGCGAGCGUAAAGGCUUAUCAAAAGGAAAUGAAGGAGAAGCAGAAACGGAAACCUGUCCGCUACAAUCCUGAGCCCUAUACCGUCGAGAAGUUGAAGGAGACAUGGCCGGCAUUGGCUAUAGACGGACUCACAAAUACCAGCACCAUUCGGGAGAAGCUCUCGUGGUUUGGUGACAAAUAUGUUGGCGCCGUUGAUUUGCCCGACGAUCUAGCAAAGCGGUUUUACAAGGGGGAAAGGGUACUGUUCUCCAGCGAAACGGAAAAGGCCGAAACCAUGGAGAUUGUGAAGAAGAUGGCCGAGGAGCAUGCUGGUAGACUCACGGAGAGGAAGGGCGAGCCCACUGAGGCGCCGAGCAUCGAAUUCGAGAACGUCAACGAGAAAGAGAAAUCGGACAUGAUCGCGUCCCUGAUCCGAGGAGAAUAUGAGGACCCAGCCAAAGUGGACUCCCAAAUGGCUCCCUUCCUUACGAACGUCAUGAAAACUCUGGCAGACAACCACACCUAUCAUACCUCACACACUCAGCGAUUCAUGGACAGCCUCGUAAAGAAUCUCCCUCCUCUUAAGAAACCAAAGGCGGCUGCUACGGCUAGUGCACCUUAG